UCCGCAGAUUAUAAAACCUCCUGAGGGCCAUAAAUUCACCAAUGCCUACGUGUCGUGUACCCGCCAUCCCGCAUCGACAAGUCGUUCGGUGAGACCAGACAACACAAUCAACUCUCUAAAACAUUAAACCCCUCAAACAUCCCCCAGAACUUAUCGCUUACUCUAAAAUAACAACCACCCCACCGCCACUCUAGCGAAACACCUCCAUCGCGGAUCAUGGGGUUCACCACCUGCGCCCCGUCUCCAACUCCAUCUCCGACCCCCUUCCCCUUCCACUCUCCCACUUCAUCAUCAUCGCCUCCAUCUUCAUUAUCAUCUGCGUCGUCAUCGUCAUCAUCAUCACCGCCGUCUUCACAGCUUCCAGUUGACUUCAGCCCACCGUUGAUCGCCAUGGUGGUAGUAGUCGCGGCAGCAUUUUUAAUCGUUACUUAUUCACGUCUCAUCUCCAAAAGACUCGUCCCUCCAAUCCUCCGCUUCUUCCGCCGUCGUCGUGGUCGCCGCCGUCGCUACCUCCCAUCCACCACGACUGACCUCGACUCUCUUCCACCCUCUGAUCCCUUCGAACUCCCUCUUUCCCCUUAUGGCCUCGAUAACUCUGCCAUCAAAACCCUGCCUCUUUCCCUCUACACUUCAAAAACAAAACCUAACAACAGCCCCAAGGACUGUGCCGUUUGUUUGUUAGAGUUCGAAGACAACGAAUACGUUCGAACACUCCCCGUUUGCUCCCAUAUCUUCCACGUCGAUUGCAUCGAUGUUUGGUUGAAAUCACAUGCUAACUGCCCUCUUUGUAGAGCUGGAAUUUUCUCUACAGAAUCUCCUUUUACUCCGUUAAUGGCAGCCAGAAUCCGACCCAGCCUCGACGACACUCUUUUACUCAACAGCACUCUGGAAUCCCUGAGGGAAACUCCUCUCCAGUCUCUACCAAAUAACACCAUAACUGAAAUAACCGAAGAGUCGUCACCGAGACGAGUGAAUGGGAAUAGUAAUCGUGAGGAAAGGUUUAAUUUUGUUUUGAAAAGGUCGUAUUCGUUUGGUUUCGAGAGGAGUUUAGCAGCGGAGAGGAUGGUUACGGAGCCCAACACGGCAUCGCCUUGGAGGUAUAGGAGAGGAGGGAAUGGCUUUUGGAGCAAAAGGGCGUCGCCUUUGGGGUCUUUAAUGAUGAAACCGAGAGUUUUCUCUUUUAGGUAUUACAGAGGGAUGAAAGCUUCGCCAUUUUUUCGCCGGAGAGGGUUUUUUCCAUUUUCGGAAUCAAGCGUUAGGUUUUCCGGAAGCGGCGGCGGCGGGGGUUCGUCGAGGAGGAGCAAGUCAAUGGCGAGUCCCAUGUUCUUAAGAUCAGCAGCUUCAAGUGUGGCGGCUUUCUCGUCUAGUCGGCUCAGGUGCGGGGAUCCCGAGGCACUACUGUCACCGGAGAGGUUCAACGGGAGAUGAAAGAAAAGACACGAGGAAGGUUGGAUAGAGAGAUCGACGGGAAAGGGACGGUAGGGGAUUGGGGUCCGGUGAAUUAAUUGGCAAGGAAGAGUAAAUGUAUGAAAGAUGGAGAGAGAUUGUGGCUCUGGCGAGUGAGACUUGAAAAAGGGCAAGUAUUAAUGGGAGGUGGGGAGAGGCAUUAAAUGAGAAAAUUGACAAGAGAUAGACACGAUUUUUGAGCUCUCUCGCUGUCCGAGUCCUAGUCUAUGGGAGAAGAAAAAGGUUCACAAAUGCCGAGACGUUGGACCUCUGAAGGGCACUUAUAUAGAGUAUGGGUUUCCAAAGUCACAAUGUUAACUGAUGUUGCUUCGGCUAUGAUGCUGU